CCUUGGUGUUGGCUUUCCUUUGACAGCUAGUAAAGUUUCUUGGGAAUCUCCGUCCCCGGGACUGUUACAGCAUUUUUGGCUUCAUUUCAACUGGUCCUCCUGUAAUUUUGUCUAACGAUGGAAUAAGAAGUAACAAUGGUGGUGAAUUCAGUGCACUGGUUUCGUAAAUGUCUGCGGUUGCACGAUAAUCCGGCGUUGCAGGAGGCCCUCAAUGGAGCAGAUACAGUGCGCUGUGUUUAUAUCCUAGACCCGUGGUUUGCUGGCGCCGCUAACGUGGGAAUCAACCGAUGGAGGUUUCUGCUGGAGGCUCUGGAGGACCUGGACAGCAGUCUGAAGAAGCUCAACUCAAGAUUGUUUGUUAUCAGAGGGCAGCCCACUGAUGUUUUCCCAAGGCUCUUUAAGGAGUGGAAAGUGACCAGGUUAACAUUUGAGUAUGACCCAGAGCCUUAUGGGAAGGAGAGGGAUGGGGCCAUUAUCAAGAUGGCCCAAGAGUUUGGAGUGGAGACGAUUGUCAGGAACUCACACACCCUCUACAACCUGGAUAGGAUAAUAGAGAUGAACAAUAACAGUCCUCCGCUGACCUUUAAGCGGUUUCAGACCAUUGUGAGCCGACUGGAGUUGCCUAGGAGGCCUCUGCUUCCUAUCACCCAGCAGCAGAUGGAAAAAUGUCACACUAAAAUAGCCGACAACCACGACCAGCUCUACAGUAUACCUUCACUGGAAGAACUAGGUUUCAGGACGGAGGGUUUACCUCAAGCUGUGUGGCGGGGAGGCGAAUCAGAGGCCUUGGACAGACUCAACAAACACCUGGAUAAGAAGGUGUGGGUGGCCAACCUUGAGCACCCUCGGGUCAACACAUGCUCUCUGUAUGCCAGUCCUACCGGCCUCAGCCCCUACCUGCGCUUUGGCUGUCUGUCCUGUAGGGUUCUGUACUACAACCUCAGAGAGCUGUACAUGAAGCUCCGUAAGCGCUGCAGUCCUCCUCUGUCCCUGUUCGGCCAGUUGUUAUGGAGGGAGUUUUUCUACACAGCUGCCACCAACAACCCAAACUUUGACCGCAUGGAGGGGAACCCCAUCUGUGUCCAGAUCCCAUGGGACCAGAAUCCAGAAGCACUGGCCAAGUGGGCGGAGGGUCGGACCGGUUUUCCCUGGAUUGACGCCAUCAUGACCCAGCUGAGACAGGAGGGCUGGAUCCACCACUUAGCGCGACACGCUGUGGCCUGUUUCCUCACUAGGGGAGACCUGUGGAUCAGCUGGGAGAGCGGCAUGAAGGUGUUUGAGGAGCUGCUGCUGGAUGCAGACUGGAGUGUAAACGCUGGCAGCUGGAUGUGGCUGUCCUGCAGUGCCUUCUUCCAGCAGUUCUUCCACUGCUAUUGUCCUGUCGGCUUUGGAAGGAGAACUGACCCAUCAGGAGACUACAUUAGGCGUUACAUCCCCAUCUUAAAGGACUACCCGAACCGGUACAUCUACGAGCCAUGGAACGCCCCAGAGCCGGUCCAGAAGGCAGCCAACUGUGUGGUGGGAGUGGAUUAUCCCAAACCCAUGAUCAACCACGCAGAGGGCAGCAGGCUCAACAUUGAAAGGAUGAAACAAGUUUACCAACAACUCUCCCAUUACAGAGGACUCAGUUUACUGGCAUCAGUACCAACGAUUCAGGAAGAGGCAGAGCCACCAAUGACCGAUGAGUCCCAGACCAGCAGUGGCCCUGACUCUCCUCCCAGAGAUCCUGUGGACAAUGAAGCAGCUGGCUGCUCUACAGCUCCUGAUUCGUCCACAGUCUGUGCAUCCUCCACCUUUGCCCUACAUCCAGACCUGGAGGACACACUGAACUGUCGCCCAUUCCAGACACCCUGCACCUUUUCACACACACAGGCCUCUGCAGCUGUAACAUCUACAUCUGCCAACCACCCCCUGUCCCUAGCAGCCUCUCAAUCCCUAGCUUCAACACCAAUCCAGGGCUCUCUGUCAAGGUCAAAACCCUCCUCUCCAUCCUCCUCAUGUCCCACCUUGUCCUCAUCCUCCAGUCCAGUUUUGACCCUGGCUCAGACUUUCCCGAAGAGGAAAAGCCUCGCCCGCAAAGUGCGUCGCAGCCAGAGGCAGCGAGGGCGACAGAUCUGCACUCCAUCAGGCAGGGAGGGAGAGAGAAGAGCGGAGGAAGAGGAGAGGGACGACACAGGAGGGGAUAAGAGGAUGGAGGAAGAUGUCGAGCCGGAUGAGGAGAGAAUGGAAGAGGAGACUUCUGAAAAACUAGCAGGACUUCAGCAGUGAUACAAGGUGUCUCGCAUCCACGCUGGACAACUGGACACAUAACGACAUACAAGGAACAGUGACAUGAACAUGCGGACAACAUACAUACUGUACAUGCAUAAGCAUAUAUACAACACAAGUGGAAGCAGUACAAAAGCAUCUUACUCACAUUUACUCCAGUCAAAAGAAAAUAUUGUCUGGACAAGCAAUUAAAUAAGCUCAUGGAAAUGACAUGUUAGAACAGAACCAGUCCACAGUGACUGUAAAUGAUUAAGCAAAUAAUUCUUAUUUGAGGAAAUGAAGGUUAUAAUCCUAAAGUUCUCAAGAUGAGUGAUGAGUAAUCUUCUCUUGUACAGUUCCAUCUCUGACACACACACAGCUAAUAAGGAGCAACAUAAUGUACUGCAAAUCUUUAUAUACAUAUCCAAGUUGAACCCAGACGACAUAGUGUGGCUGUCCGCAGUAGCACCUCCGCUUGUCCUGCCGCUUCUACAACUGUCCUCUUCUUAGAAAAAGGUAGUGCAGGAGUCUGAACGUCACACUGUCUCCUGUCUGUACAGCAGACUCGCUCUGCGCUCUGUUCUACGAUCUGGGAAGGAAAACUGACUCAUAAAGUCAUUUGAUAAAGCAGUGUAUUUUGGCAUAUUGCUGUAAUGAUUUUGUAUAGUAGGAGUCUGUGGGAUUUAAUAAGUGGUGGGUUAAUAACAGAGUCCCAGAGUGAGGGUCAGAAACAGAUCCUGGGUCCUGUCCAGGCCAAAACCUGACUAUGGUUCUUACUUAGAGGCAGGCAGGAGCACUGCUAGAGCUUCAGACAGAUUUACUGACCUUCAGUGAACUGUAUUAAAUCAUCAUUUUAUGUUGUAGUUCCCCUCACUGUACAGUUGUGUUCAUUUUGGGCCUGCUUUAGGAGACAAUAAUUUAUAUUGAGAACAGUGAUGGAGAAUGCUCUUGUUUAUGUCUAGCUCCAGGGAGAUGGAGGGUAUUUCUCUUCAUGUUCUGACUUUACCACAUUAAAACGAACAGAAAGCUACAUGUUAAUAUGUAAAUGCCCGAUGUGAAUGUUUUGGAAAAUGUCUUUUUGCUAGCAGCAGCGAUGAAGUGAAUUAGGGAACUUUUUUUUUGUAGUCCACCCUAAAUCAUAAAUACCCUGUCUGUUUUGGAGGGUCACACAUCUCUAAAGGUAUAGCAGAUUGCUAAUUGAAAUCAUGUAAAUUUAAUAAGACAAAUGAAUUAUAAUAGGCACUGUAGCUGUGGCACAGGGGAUAAUGAAGGUAAGUCUGCGAGACCAAAAAAAAGUCGUUUUUUUUGCAUUUGCCAUAUUUUUCUCUGGCAAUUGAAAAUGCUGCUUGUGUGGAAAGAAUGUAGAGAAAAACUCACGUGUUGUUCUCCCCAUACGUGUAACAGAGUUUGUGAUAAAACAUGUAAAAACCAUAACCUGUCUGUUUACUAAUGGUGUGAUUUAGGGGGUUUCAUAAAGGCUUGUACCUUGUUUCUGCCUGGAAGUUUCUUACUGGAAGCAUCCACUAGAGGGCGGUAGAUGCAGGAAAUUCUGUACAUGGUAAAUUUACUAGGGCUGCAAAUUAAAUAUUUUCAUAUUCUCGCAAACUGCCAAUUAUUAAAAAAUGUAUUUACUAACAAUUAUUCAGUAACAUUUCACAAAAUAGUGAAAUCUGGCCAUUAUCAUUUCUCAGGGUCACUAAGCACCAUACAACAGUCUGGGGCAAAGAUAUUCAGUUUACUGUCAUAAAAAGAGAAGCAGUAAAUCCUCACUUCAGGAAAGCAAAUGUUUUCCUAUUUUUGCUUGAAAAAUCACCCGAAUUAUCAAAAUCAGCAGAUUAAUUCUCUGUCAACCAACUAAUUGAUUAAUUGACUAUUAGUUUCAGCAAUAACAUGCACAAGAUUCUACAGAUUCACUCUUGUUAGCAGUAAAUUAUAAUGUUGACAAAUAAAAUAUUUCAUAUUUUGUCAUAAAAUUGGGUGAAAGUAGUUUAUACUGAAUUUUUAUCCUUUACAAAAAGAAAGAUGUACAUUUGUUAAUGGGUUUUUCACUGAGGUUCAAAACAUGGGAUCAUAUCAACCACAUAAGGUUAUUUCUGGAGGAACCACAUAUUUUUCUUUUCAGGUGUGAUCAUCAUGUUUUAACAUCAGUUUUUGAUGCCCUUCAAACCAAAACUGGACACUAAAAAAAAGAUACAAAUGUGAUUUUAUAUGUUUAAAUGCAAUUUUUUUUAAUCCAACUUUAACUCUCAGUGGAAAGUAAUCAGUAAGCCAUAGUAACAGCCUGACUUUGUGAAACCCCCUCAUUGCUGCCUGGAUGGGUCAAAGUUUCCCCAAAGAGGGAUCAUAGAUUUUUAAAGGCAAACCUCGUAGCCAGUGGGACGUGUCUUACUGUUGGUGUUCAGGACAAGUGGGAGCUGUGAGGUUUGAAAACAAGAAGGUGAAAGGACAAAUCAGUCCAGCCUCUUCCUCUACACUGGCCUAACCACAGGUCAGAAAAGCUCACACUUCCCACUUACCCUGAACACAACACAAGCCCUAAUCAGAUGCUUGUGUUUUACUGCACAUUCCAACUAACAACAGUAUGAUGCCCCACAGGGCCGGAGGUCUGUCUGCGAGCUGUUGGCUACAUGGAUAUUUAUUUGUUUUGUAUUGUACAAAAAGAGUUUAUUUUCAUUAAAAUUGCCGAAGGAAUUGUGA